AUGAGGAGCCUGCCGAACAUCAUCGUGACGGGCGUGCCCGGAGUGGGCAAGACGACCCUGUGCGAGGAGCUCGUGGAGGUAAUCAACAAGGAACUGCAGGAGGGCCAACAGGCAGAGCCAGCUAACCAAAUGAAACACCUGAACCUGUCAAAGGUCAUCAAAGAGGAGAGGCUCUACGAAGAAUUUGAUGACCAACUAGAUGCCACCAUCUACAGUAACGACAUGGUGAAUGAAAAAAUGGAAAAACUAAAAUUAGAAAAUGGGGGAUACAUCAUCGAUUUCCACGACGUAGAUUUCCUAGAGCAGAAGGAACUCAUCGACCACAUCUUCUUAUUAACCACCUCAACCAACAAGUUAUAUGAACGACUGGAAAAAAGAAAUUACGCAAAGGAGAAGAUAAAGAAUAAUAUUGAGUGUGAGAUAUUUCAAGUGAUAAAGGAGGACAUCCUGACGUUCUACAAUGACCCUUCCAUCUUCGAUGAGCUGGGGAACAACGACAUGGAGCAGUACGAGAGCAACCUGCAGCUGAUCAAGGGCUGGGUGCUCUCCUGGGCCAAGAGCGGGGAGGCCCUGCCCCGGUGA